AACUUGGAUCAAUUUGUUAUCAAGCGACGAAAUCGGAGGCUGAAAACAAGCCUGUGCGACCGCACAGCUAAAACACCAUGCGACCGCAUGGAGGCAUACCGAAACUUAAGAUGGGUUUUUGGUUGAACCAUGUGGUCGCACAGACCAAAAAUUUGGUGAAUUUUAUAAUUUUGGUACACUUGUGGGUGAUGCUACGCCCAAUUGCUGCAGAAGAAUUGCAGCCGUACUUCGUCGACUAGUUCCAUUGGAAGACAUAGCUGACCCCCUUCUAGACAGUCUCGUUGCUUAAUCAAUAGAAAUACAAGCUUGUCCAGUUAAAAAUGAUGGUCAUACGGAACGAUGACAACAACUAUCGAUCAAAUAAAUCUCGGAGAGGCAACACAUGUAGAUUUCGUCAUCGAAAUUUGCAUCACGUUGAAGGUGGAGAAAAAGAGCAUGAGGAUCUGGUCAUCAAAAAGCCUGUGUCUUUAGAUGAGAUAAGGCUCUCUUGAACGAACAACGGGAGGCAUUUGAGAGCAGGAUGGGCGAUUUUAGGGAGGAGAUGAACAUAAGAUUUGCUAGUCUCCAAAAUGAUCUGGGAGGUCAUGUGUGCGAUUUGAGAAAUCAUGUCACUGAUGAGAUAAAUGUGCUCCGACGUAGGUUUGAUGAAGUUGUUACAGAAAUUGGGCAACAUAAUGUUGCUGACGAGUAUGGUGGAUUUGGUCAUGAUGAUUACGGUGGAGAUGUGCCCCGACGUGAUGUUUUAACUCCCAGUAUUUCUGCGGACAAACAGAAUGUCGGAGAGGCAACCGAAGAGGUUGUUUGCAAUAUCCCUGAUGUGUCCAUAACGUCGAGAGGUGGGGUUGGAGUUAUUGGGUCAGUUUACGUCGCUUGUUAUAUUGUGGAAGAGGCGCCAACCAUUGUACCUACAGUUGAUGCGUCUACUGCUGAUCCACCUACAUGCAGACCUCAAUCGUCGAAGUUGAAGAAGGCUAGUGCGAACACAAAGAAGCUGUUCACCUGAUUCGGUAGGAAGAGGGGUAAGAGGGAUGCGUAGUCUGUGUAUUUUAGUUUACGGUACAUAAUGGUGAUUGGAUAUGAACUUUAUGUUGAUUCGAAUUUAGUGGUUUGCAUAUUUUGAUUUAUAUGGUGGUAGGCAAUAUGUAUUGUGGUUUAUAUAGUGGUAUUUGGUCAUGUAUUUUGGUACGCAAUAUGAAAUAUCAAGCUUUAUGUUGAUUUGAAUUUAGUUGUUUACAUAUUUUGAUUUAUAUGAUGGUACGUAAUAUGAACUUGGGUUGAUUCAAA